CACGGAUAUUGCAAACAUAUUCAAAAAUUUUCACCGUGCAUUGAUCAUAUCAUGGAUCAUGACUUUCCACAGGACGCGAUCCAUCCGUGGCGAUGCAUAAUCAGUCUUAUACGGCACCGAUGGUCCAUGACGUUGAUUAGCGUAAUGGAGCUCCCCUGUGCAUGAAACAAAUUAGAUCUUCAUCAUCUGGUCCGGCCGCCGUUGAAAAGUACCACAUGAAGGAGGACAAUUCCCUCCCGGCAGUCUAUGUAGGUGCGUUUUUGGAUUUCAUUUUUAACAUAAGGCCGGAUAUUAUCCUUGCAUGAAUACAACCAUGAGAAUCUGAGGACAAGAGGUCCAGAAGGAACAGCACAAAUGUAGAAAUUCAAUCCCCGUCCUCAUCGCUGAUGUAACGUUCUGCUUGUUUUAUACGACGUUCCAAAAAUUAACCCAGAGCAAUUGUUGGAAGAGGAGUUUAUCUUCAUCAUCAUCAACAACAACAACAACAACAACAACAAAAAAGAGGUCCCCCAAGUGCUCGACGACUCACGAAAAAAAGAAGUGCGAGAUGGACGUCGGGAAUCCGAUCGAGAUGCCGAAGGACUCGACCGCGCAUGUGCUGAUCUUCCCCUUCCCAGCUCAAGGUCAUGUGAACUGCAUGCUCAAGCUGGGCGAGCUCCUCACCAAGACCGGCCUCCAUGUCACCUUCCUGAACACCGACUACAACCACCACCGCCUCAGCCGCUACUCCGCCGCCUACGCUCUGCUAGCCGAAAGUCCGAGAUUCCGCUUCGAGUCCAUCCCCGACGGCCUCGCCGAUGAGGAUCCCCGGUCGGUCCUUCAUCUGAUGGACCUGGAGGAGUCUUUGAGGGUUCGGUCCGCCGUCUUGUACCGCGAGCUGUUAAUCAAACGUGGCCGCAGAGAUGAUGGAAAAUGGCCGCCGGUGACGUGCGUCAUAGCGGACGGCAUCAUGACGUUCGCCGUCGACAUCGCGGAAGAGCUGGGAAUUCCGGCGAUCGCUUUCCGAACGGUCAGCGCGUGCAGCUUCUGGGCAUACUUCCGUCUUCCCCAGCUCUUGCAGAGCGGGGAGCUCCCGUUCCCAGAUGAGGCGGACCUGGACGAGCCCGUCCGGAGCGUGCCGGGGAUGGAGGCUUUUCUAAGGCGGCGAGAUCUUCCGAGCUUCUGUAGACUGGCAGGGGAUCGGACGGACCGCACCUUCGAGUUCGUGACAACCGUGACCGCUAACACGAAUCGGGCGAGGGCGCUCAUUCUCAACACCUUCGAGUCCCUGGAGGCCACCGCGCUGUCGCCCGUGCGCUCUCACUUUCCCGUGACCUUCGCCGUCGGACCGCUUCCCGCGCUGCUGAGAUCGUACCGGUCCCGCUGCCCCAGCGACCCGGCGGUACCUCCCGCUUCCUCCAUGCCGUCCGCCACUCUGUGGGAAGAGGACCGGACCUGCAUGACGUGGCUCGACUCCCAGCCGCACAAGUCUGUGGUCUAUGUUAGCUUCGGGAGCCUCACGCUGGUGUCUCAGGAGGCGUUCCUCGAGUUCUGGGUGGGGCUGGUCAACAGCGGGCAGCGGUUUCUAUGGGUGGUGAGGCCCGAUCUGGUAGGGGAGGAGGGAAGGCGGUGGGAGGAGAUGCUACCGGUGACGGAAGAGGUGAAGGUGGGGACAAAGGAGAGGGGUUGCCUUGUCAAGUGGGUCCCGCAGGAGGAGGUGCUGGCGCAUCCGGCGGUGGGGUGCUUUCUGACUCACAGUGGAUGGAAUUCAACUCUGGAGAGCAUAGUGGCAGGAGUGCCGAUGCUCUGCUGGCCAUUCUUUGCGGAUCAGCAGAUUAACAGCAGGUUCGUCAGCGAGGUGUGGAAGGUGGGGCUGGACAUGAAAGACUUGUGCAGUAGGAGCAUAGUGGAGAAGAUGGUGAGGGAAAUGAUGGAAGGGCCGAGGGCCGAAGAGUGGAGGAGGUCUGCGAAAGAGAUGGCGAAGAUGGCAAGGGAGAGCGUGGCUGAAGGCGGUUCUUCCUACACAGACUUUCGAAGGCUGAUCUCUCUGAUCACGCAUGGUGCUUAGAGACAAAUUAGGACCAUGCAGCCAGGGCUGUGUAUCACGAAAUCUUACGCAAGUAAGUUGCGCAGGCGCUGUGUAUCUCUCCUGUUGCCGCCGGUACCGUACCAUACAGAUCAGGCUAUCAACAGUAGGACGCAAGGAAUAAUUGCACAUCAAAAUACCACUUUAGUUGUAUGAGAUUGACAUGUUAAUUCAGCAUUUCUCCAAGAAAAUUGAUACCACGCUGUCUUGAAAGCGAGUUUAAGUUU